AUGCUGGUGUGCGUGACCGACUCGGACGAUGAGCAGCGGCCCCUCGAGGGCGGCGAGGUCAGAGACGAGAAGCAGCAGCCCCUCGAGGACAGCACUGUUGAGGACGACGAGGGGUGCCCGACGCCCAUCGAGGACGGCGAGGUCAAUGACGAGAAGCAGCAGCCCCUCGAGGACGGCGGGGUCAAUGGCGAGAAGCAGCAGCCCCUCGAGGGCGGCGAGGUCAAUGACGGGAUGCCGCAGCCCGCAGAGGACGGCGAGGUCGAAGGCGAUGAGCAGCAGCCUGCGGACGGCGAGGUCAAUGACGAAGAGCAGCAGCCCGCGGACGGCGAGGCCAUGGAUGAGGAGCAGCAGCCCGCGGACGACGGCGAGGUCAAGGAUGAGGAGCAGCAGCCCGAGCACGACGAGGUCAAGGAUGAGGAGCCAGAAGCUCGGGGGCCCAUGCGAGUCAAACGCGGAAUCCUGUUCUACCGCAGCCUGACGGGCAAGAGGAAGAAGAAGAAGCGGGACAGCAAGGAGAAGAGCACGGCGAACUCCAAGAAGAAGAAGAAUGCUGCUGCCCCGCAGACAUCUGCGGCCGCCAGUUCUUCAGGCGCGCUGCCCGCCUGGCCCGCGGCCACGCCGCCCCCCAAAGCCAAGAAGGCGAAGGUCAAGAUCGCGGCGGCGGGCUCCGGCAAGGACGCGGUACCAGCUGGCAAGGGCAAGGGCAAGGGCAAGGGCCCCGAGGGCACGGCGCCCGCGGGCAAGGGCAAGGGCAAGCGCAAGACUCGAGGCCCCGCAGCCGACAAGGGCAAGGGCAUGGACAAGGCUGGGGCCGCCGCAGCGGGCAAGGGCAAGGGCGAGACUGGAGGUGCCGCGAUGGGCAAGAGCAAGGAUCCGACGUCGACAGGCUCUGCGGCGGGCAAGGGCAAGGUCAAGGACGCGAUCUCGAGCAAGGGCAAGGGCGAGGACAAGUCGACUGGAGGCUCCGCAGCAGCGGGCAAGGGCAAGGGCAAUGUCACAGACGCGAUGAUCUCGGGCAAGGGCAAGGGCGCGAUGAUCUCGGGCAAAGGCAAGGGCGCCGUGAUCUCGGGCAAGGGCAAGGGCUCAGGCAAGGUGCAGAAGACGAUCUCGAAAGAGCACGACCCAGAGGUUGACGACGAGGACGGCGAGGGGGCAGACGCCGAGGUGGGAGCUCUAGACGAGGACAACGAGGCGCCAGAGGUGGCCCAGGACGAGACCAAGACGUCCUACGUCGGCGAGUCGGGGCAGGAGAUUCGGCUGCACCUCAGGCGCAGGGAGAGCGAGAAUACCACCUGCAUCGACUUCAAAAGCUGGGGGCCUGGAGGUUUCAAGCAGUUUGUCAUGCUGACGGACAGGGUGGCGGAGAAGUGCAUGGGCCCGCUAGGCGUCGUCGACGGCAGGGAGGCGUCGCGGCAGCUCAUGCGGAUGGUUUGGGCCGAGCUGAAGGCCAAGAAGAUCGCCGACAAAGAGCAGGCCAAGCAGGCCAGGAACCAGAUCCUGGCA